UCAAAACUUUUUUACAGGAGCGAAAGAGACUGAGCUGACACAAAAAUGAGAGGACUCGUUGUCUUGGUUACUUUGACCUGCUUUGCCACCGCUCAGCACCAAGCACUGAUUGACUACUUGGAGCGGAGGCUGCUUGCUAUUGAGGACCGGAUAUCUCUGUGGCAUGAGCAGACCACUCGCUACGCCUCAGAGCUGCGGGAAUUGAAGCAACAGAUGGUUUCCCAGCUGGAGAACCUGGAUAAAGAGAAAGAGGCACUGAGAACGAAUCUGGACGGUGUGGGGACGAGGGUGGACCGGGUUGAGCGUGAGCUGGACUACCUGGAGACUCAGAACGGAGCUCAGCCGUGUGUGGAUGUGGACGACAAGCUGAUCGAGCAGCAGGUGACGCUGGUGCAGGAGAAGCAGAAGGCCAAGUAUUCAAAACUAUCAGACUGCAGCGACAUGAUCUCCAGCAUCAAAGCCAUGAAGAUCUUGAAGCGAUUUGGAGGACCAAAGGGCAUGUGGACCAAAGACAUGAGCAAAACCUCUGGGAAAGUCUACAUUUUUAACGGGACGGAUGAAGACAGCGUUUAUGAGUUUGCCACCGUGCAAGACUUUGCCCGCUCGUUGGGCAUGUCGCUGUCCAAGAGCCUGAAGCUGCCGUCUUCUUGGAAAGGAACGGGACAUGCGGUCUACAACAAUCAUGUAUAUUAUCUAAAUCAGGUUCAAGAUAUAACGGUGGUUAAAUAUGACAUGAGGAGCAGCUCUAUUACAGACAGCGCUGUGUUCCCAGUGCAGGACCAUGUCCCGGUGUACGGCCUGACCCCUGAGACAGUGAUGGACCUGGCUGUGGAUGAGGAAGGCCUGUGGGUCAUUUAUGCCACACGGCAGAACGAGAGGCACAUCUCUCUGGCUAAAUUGGACGCCAACUCGCUGGACAUCGAGCAAAUGUGGGACACAAGCUGUCCGAGAGAGAACGCAGAGGCGGCUUUCGUCAUCUGUGGCACUUUGUACGUGGUGUACAACACCGCGCAACCCGGCCGUUCUCGGAUCCAGUGUGUGUUUGAUGUCAAUGAUAUGGUGACCAAUGAAGACGCCCCACUAAUUUACUUUCCAAAGCGUUACGGCGCCCACUCCAGCCUGAAGUACAACCCACACGAGCAGCUGCUGUACGCCUGGGAUGAUGGUUACCAGAUCCUGUACAAGCUGGUCAUGAAAAAGAAACUAGAAAUUUGAGUUAAUGAGACACUGAGCAUCCUCCCAAGACUUCCAUAAACACACCCUUAGUACCACACUAGUGCUAGUUUUUACAAGUUUUACUACCAAUCAUGUGUACUUCAUAUUACUGCUGAGCAUUUUUAAUUAAUCAUAAUUUCAUUAUUAUGACAUGGUACAACAAUUCAAGUCCAGACCUGACAUUCAGUCUGCUAAAUGGACAACAGGGCAGGAAAAUUAUAUUCAAAAAUACUCCAGCAUGGUAUGCAAAGUAGUAAGACUCAGAAGUGACCUGAAGUAUUGAUUAUUUGUAACAUCACUGGUAAGACUUUGAGUCUGGAUCUAACCGAAAGUCUAAAAAGGUGCAAUCUGUAGACUUUCACACACUUUUAGACGUAAAUAUUACACACAAAAAUUCUGAUUAUGUGAUUUCAUUUGUGAUUUAUCUGAGGCACAGUUUCUCGUUCUUCUAAAUCAGACUGCACUGCACUUCAGUUCUCACAAUCAUCUCUGUGUUGACCAGCACGUCAACUUACUGUACUUACCUGUGAUCUCUUGCACCACUCACUUUAAACUAACUAAUAAAAUCUGUCCAUCUUUUUUUUAUAUAUAUAUAUAUAUACUUUAUCUAUUCUAUACUUAAUUUUGCUGUCUGGAUAAAUGUUGCAUAACAUAAACCUUGGUAGCGUUGCAUGAAAGUACUCUUGUUUGUUCAGUAUAAUUCAACCUUUUUCCUCCUUGGUUAUAUGAGCCCGCCUGCAAACAUCACACAUGGGGGGAAAGCCCCUGAACACGACUGCUUUGCAUUAUAGGUGUAACCUCUAUAAUAAUUCAGGCUUUGGUGUUGCUUCAGAAGUUGGCAUUAAAAAUUAAAUCUUUUUUUUUAGCUUUACUAAUUUUCUUCUUUGAACAUGUCUAGUGCACAGAUUAAUAAAAAAAACAACAACAACAAAAGUCAUAAUCGAAACAUCUGCGGCGUCGUCAUUCAUAAUGCAGUCACAACAGUGUUGUCACCGUGGCAACCACAUGCCAAUCACAACAGUGUUGUCACCGUGGCAACCUCUUGAGAAGCAGCUAGCUGGCUAGCACUGUUAUAUUUCUUUCUGUUUGUGUGUUACGUGUACUUUUCCACGAGUUGAGCACAUACACGUUCUGCAGUGUUAGAUGUUUCACUUUUAUUAAAUGAAAUCACCAAAAUUAACAAAAGAGCACCACUGUUUGAAUUAUGCCUCUGAAUUAAUCAGUUAUUAAUUUAUACCUGUCUCUCUCUGUUUGCUUAUAUAAUAUGUUCAUUUUCCUAUUUCUGCCUCUAAUCAUUGUUCAUUAUGGAAAUAAACUACACGUGUUCACACAAAGAGUCUGUCUUCUAUGAACAGAUUAAAGCCACUAUGUUUGAACAUUUUAGAUUUCGUCACAAAUCUAAGACAGACAGCAAUGCAUGCUCUUACUUUUUCUGUAAUUAGUGACGGGUGCCCACGACACGAGUCAACUAUUAAUCUUCUGUGUGUUUCUUUUUAUUAUUUAUCUUCCGCCCUUUUUUGUCAUUUAAUGCGGCCCUAACAAAUGAUAUAUUUAAAACGUGCUAUUACUCCGACACAGACAUGAUUUAUUGACUAC